GUACUGUCUUAAACCCUCGUCUUUCCGCCGCCCGUCGCUUCGUUCCUCGCUUCCCCCCACAGGCCCACACUCUCGCCGUCUCGCGCGCAUCACGGCGGCGGCGAAGCACCGCGUGGCCCUCCACCUAAGUCCUAGCCCAAGCGUAAGCGAUCGCUCUCCCCAUCAGCCACUAUGGCGCCACGCCCCCGCAAGCGGGCCUCGCGCCCCAAGCCCCGCCCGGGCUCCCGACGUGGCGGCGGCGGAGGGGACGACGAUCCCUUCUUCGAGUCCGAGCCCAAGCGCCGCCGUGGAGGCCGUGACGAGGACAUCGAGAGCGAGGACAGCGACGACGAUGGCGUGGCUGCGUUUGGGGGCGGAUUUGAUGAGGAUGGGGACGAGCGCGGUAGGGAGGAGGAGGACGAGGAGACGGUGGGGGAGAAGAAGAUGCGGAUGACGAAGGAGUGGCUGAAGAAGGUCACUGAGGUCGCUAAGAGGGGGCAGGAGGAUGACGACGAGGACGAGUCGGGAGGGAGACGGGUGGCGGAGAUCCUGCAGAGAAAGCAGCUUGAGGAGAGCGGCAGGAAGCGGAGGGAGAUUGCUGCGAGGGUAUUACCACCGGGCCCUCAGGAUGGCUUUAAGGUUCUUGUGAAGCACCGGCAACCUGUUACUGCUGUUGCUCUAUCCAAGGAUAGUGAUAAGGGAUUUUCAGCAUCAAAAGAUGGAAUUAUUAUGCAUUGGGAUGUUGAAACUGGGAAAUGUGAGAAGUAUAUAUGGCCAAGUGAAAAUGUGUUGGUUUCACAUCACGCAAAACCACCAAUAUCAGCUAAAAGAAGCAAGCAAGUGCUGGCUUUAGCUGCCAGUUCUGAUGGUCGUUACUUGGCAAGCGGUGGCUUGGACCGUCAUAUCCAUCUAUGGGAUGUUAGGUCACGGGAGCACAUACAGGCAUUUAGCGGCCAUCGGGGACCAAUAUCUUGUCUUGCUUUUGCUCCGGACUCUUCAGAGCUGUUCUCUGGUUCUUUUGAUCGAUCAAUAAUGCAGUGGAAUGCUGAGGAUAGGACAUACAUGAACUGUCUAUAUGGGCAUCAGAAUGAAAUCUUGACAAUGGAUGCACUUAGUAAAGACAGGAUUCUAACUGUAGCACGGGACCGUACGAUGCAUCUUUGGAAGAUUCCAGAAGAGUCGCAGUUAGUGUUCCGUGCUCCUGCUGCCGCAUCUUUAGAGUGCUGCUGCUUCAUUGAUGACAAGGAGUUUUUGUCUGGAUCUGAUGAUGGAAGCAUUGAGCUUUGGAGCAUAAUGAGGAAAAAGCCUAUCCUUAUAAUAAAAAAUGCUCAUCCAGUAUUGUGUACUAACCUUAAUUCAGUUGACAAUGAUGACGAGUCACCUAAAGAAAAUGGAAUGCAUAAACCGGAAAAUGUGCCAUCCGCAGCCCAGUCAUGGGUUGGUACUGUUGCUGCAAGAAGAGGUUCUGACCUUGUUGCAUCAGGAGCAGGAAAUGGUUUAGUUCGUCUCUGGGCUAUCAAACCUGAUUCUAAGGGAGCCGAGCCAUUAUUCGAUUUGAAACUGGAUGGAUUUGUUAAUUCUCUUGCCAUAGCAAAAUCUGGACGUUUUAUUGUUGCUGGUGUUGGCCAGGAGCCUCGCCUUGGAAGAUGGGGACGAGUUCGAUCGGCUCAAAAUGGAGUCGCAAUUCACCCAAUCCGACUAAAAGAUGUGAAAGAGGACUUGUAGAGUAGAUUGAUGUCUUGCAUUACAGUGGAACGUCCAUCCAUCCAGCCUGCACUUCUGCAGCCACGGCACAAAAGAAAAUUUGUUGAGGCUAACUGGGAUACAUGCAAGCAAUACAAAUUUGGAGGGCACUACAGAUGAUUUUUGAGCUCCGGUUAUGUGUGACACGGGGAAUUUGUGAGGCAAUUUUGUAACUUCUACAGCCUUCUGGAGCGGACAAUGAGGAUUUGAAGAUCCAUAUUUUUUGUUCCCCAUGUCUGGUUAACUGCAUUCUUUUUUCUGAUAGCUAGUUCUCGCCAUUCGCUUUUGUACGGGGUUUCUCCUUGCUUCGUGUCUUGAGCGCACGAAUAGUUUGAUUUGGCUGCAUGACCUUUAUAGGGUAGUUCCAACAAUGACUUACGAGCUAGUUGUAAGCAUUUUAUUUUAUUCUAUAUUAUAAUUGAAGAGAAGUAAUUUUUGAUC